AUGCCAAAAGUCGAUACUACCCCUAUCACUGAGAAGCCUAACCCAGCCUAUCCACCGCCUCCUACAACCUCUGCUUUAGAACCCCAGCUUGUUAUAGAAAGAAAAGGAUGUUUCUUAAAUGUUGAGUUUAUCGUCCGUGACAAUCCAAUCACUCUUAUGGUCACAAUGGUUUUCAUUCGUAUCGUAUUGUUUUCAAUUGAUCAUCACAAAGCAUCCAUUGUGUUUUCAUCGCCCGUAGAGAAGAAUCAGAGUGAUGAUGGUCACGAGAGGGGGAAAGGAGAAUCGGUGGUGCUACGACGAGGCAACGAUGUGUGUGAUCUUGAACCCACCUCUCCUUUCUUCUCCGUUAUUGGGAAUCUCAUUCGAGACAUUGGUGAUGGCUAUAGUGAAGGGAGGGGGAAACAAGGUUUUUGGAGAGAAGCGGCUGUGAAAGGAGUGGCAACAAAUUAA